AUGGAGAGUGAUCACACCCUCGAGCGCAGCUACAAAAUUAACGCGAUGCAGGUUUUACACCGAGAAAUUUCACAGGUAUAAUCUCCACAGCUUGAAACCCAAUCUUCUAACGCUUUUAAAUCUUUAAAGCUUGAAAAAAAUCGCCUAGAAAAACUGUCAUCAAAGCUUCAAUUAAUUAAGCAGCAAAUUGAGCAUUACACUCAAGAAAUACACAGAGUAUCAGAAGGAAUAAAAGAUGCAAAUUGAAAAUUCACUAAUUCUUUAUAAUUUUUUUUUAAAUUAUUUCUAAUUAAAAAAUAAAAAAUUUUUAAAAAAUAAUUAUUUAAUACGAAAUUAAAGAAGUUUGCCAUGAUUUAAGCAAGAUAAAGAAUCCAAAUCCUCUGAUAUCCAACAUAUGUGAAAAGUUUAUGAUUGUUUUAGAUCAACAAGAUAGAUCCUGAAAAGCAUUUUUACGUACAGUAAAACAUUAUAAUCCGCUAAAAAGCUUAAUGUGUAGUGUGAACCCAGAGAUAUUUAGCAAAGAGCUUAUUGCUGAUUUAAUGCCGAUUUUAAAACAUCAGCAAUCAAUACAGCAAAAAUUGCAUAAAACACAUAAAAGUGUAUCGGUUUUAGCUGAAUGAAUAAGCUAUUCAGUUAGGCUAGACAUUUUGCUGCCAUUUUACAAUUUUUAUAAUUAUUUUUUUUUAAAAAAAUUACAUAAACCAUUCAGUCGAAUAUAAAAUCAAAAAAGACACCUUUGCUUCCUACAAAAAGAAACUCCCCAGUAUCGAAAAAAAGCUAAAAUCUCAAGUCGAAAUUAUUGCAGAAAUAAAUGCACUAAUAUUAACUCUUGAAGAACAAAUUGCAGAAGCAAAACUAAGCAUUGAGCAGUCUAAGCUCAACGAAGAAGACACAGAAGAGCAUAAAUCCAGCUUUGAUUGAAGCUGAAGCACUACAAAAAUUAACAACAUAAGCUCAAAAAUCCUAGACGAAAAGACCAUUAAUUUUGCCCCACUUCAUAAAGGAACUGCUUCAGGCGGCAUUUUAAGAUCUUCUUUUCUAGAAAAGAAGAAAUUACAAAGAGAGUUCCCAGAUUUCAAUUUGAAAUCAGAAGAAUUGUAUGUUGAAAACCCUAAAAGUUUUAGCAUUGACAAAGGGACGAAUUUGGAUUUGGAAGGGGCAAGCGAAUUGCUUGGGUGUUAUAGAAGCAGAUUUUUCUGUUUUUAA